AUGCUUUACAACCAGGCGAUUGUCGCAAUGGGUCAAGGCGAGUACGAGGGUGAGGGAGAGGAAGGGAAUGGAGGAGAAAGAGAGGAAGGAUACGAGGAGGAAGAAGGAGCGCCCUUUGCGACGUAUGAGGGGGAUGGAGGCGUAGAAAGGCAAGGUGACGGAUACGCUGGACAGGGAGGAGAGGGGUACGUAGAAGAAACGCAUGGAGGCUACGCGAUACAGGGUGCGCCUAUGUACAAAGGCGCGGGGGGAUAUGCGGCAGUGGGGGCGGAAAAGUUCGCGGCAGAGGGGGAGAACCAGCACGAGGGAGAGGCGGGAGAAGGAUACAAUACGGGAGUGGGACGGGGGUAUGGUACAGGAGGGGAGGAAGGAUAUGGCGCGGUCGGGGGGGCGGCGUAUGCAGGUGCGGGUGCAGGAUACGCUGGGGAAGAAGGAAAUGUGUACGCGGGAGAUGGUGAGCAGAAUCAAGCAACGGAAAGGGGAGAAGGCCACGCGGGAGUGGCGGGAGAAGAAGGUGCGGGAGAGGGGGGAGAAGAAGAUGCGGGAGAGGGGGGAGAACAAGAUGCGGAAGAGGGGGGAGACGGAUAUGCAGGAGAGGGGGGAGACGGAUAUGCAGGAGAGGGGGGAGACGGAAAUGGGGGAGACGGAUAUGCGAGAGAGGGGGGAGACGGAUAUGCGGGAGAGGGGGGAGAAGAAGAUGGGGAAGAGGGGGGAGAAGAAGAUGGGGAAGAGGGGGGAGACAGAUAUGCGGGAGAGGGGGGACACGCGUAUGCUAGAGAGGGGGGACACGCGUAUGCGGGGGAGGGGGGACACGCGUAUGCGGGAGAGGGGGGACACGCGUAUGCAGGAGAGGGGGGACAUGGGUAUGCGGGAGAGGGGGGAGAGGGGCAAGCGGAAGUAGGGUUGGAAGCGGCGGUAGGUGCAACGAACCUUUCAUAUGAAGCAGGGGGAGCUGCAGGCGUCGUGGGCGAAGCUACCGUACCUACCCAGCCGCACAGUCAUGGAGCUGUAGACGAUGAGGACAUCGAGGCGAUCAUGUACCCUGGAGCGCAAGCAAUGGUCACACAACAGAGCCAGGCGUCAACCAUGGACGAAGAUGCUGAGGAGCGGAGAGCGUUGGAACGGGGUAAGGGGAGAGCGCUGAAUGCUAUUCCUGACGAGGGACGUGGAAGCAUGCUGCAGAACGCCAAACGGGUUGCGAGGAAACGGGGCCGUGAAGAGGCGGUACCAGAGCAACCCACCCGUCAAGCGCGUGGAGCAGUGCGAGGCAGAGGGCGAGUGGGAGGGCACGGAGAUGAGCGCGCGAAAGGACGUGGCGGUGGACGGGGCGGAUGGCGAGGCGGCGGGCUGGGCGGAGGCAAUGGCGAUGGGAUAGGCGACGGGAUAGGCGACGGGAGGGGCGGAGGGCGAGGGGGAGGGAGAGGCCGAGGGAGAGGCGGAGAGAGAGGAGGAGGGAGGGGCGGAGGUCGGGGAGGAGGGCGCGGCGAUGGGACGGGUGGAGGGCGCGUCGAAGGGAGAGGGGGAGGUCGAGGCGGCAAUCGGGGUGGCGGACAAGGAGCCGGUGGUGGCAGAGGCCGAGCGGCUGGCACAGGACGAGGGAGAGGAAGGGGAGCAGCAGGUAGGCAAAGGCCAGCCACCAAAGCGUUGCCCCAUGAGCUGCCGGUGCACUCUCUGCGCGAGCACACGCGGUCUCACCUUCUCCGCUCGCCCCAUCCCCUUGCUCCCUGA